CCAAUGAUAUUUAUAAAAUUCGAACAUUCAAAACACUACGCACACAAAUAAUGAAACACAAUUGUUUAAUCAGUAGUUAAACGGACACUUAGAGAGGUAAACACGAACAUAAUCGGACUUUACCAAAAUUGUGUAAAUAAAUAACGCCAAAACGAACGGGUUCGAAUAGCCCCAAUCAAAACCCACUGGGAACCCUAUAGUUUACAACCCGUAUUCAACAAUUCAAGUAGAGUUUACUGCGUUAUUUGUCAGAUCGAAAAUCAAACAGUCUGAAAUAGCUGUUCGAAAAAUCGUCCGGUUGGAAGUCAAAUGUAAAGUCGAGAGACUAUUCAAGCGAUACGCGUUCUGCAGAACAUGUCCAAGGACAUUAACACCGCAUCGACCAGCGGAUUUGCACGGGAGUUGGGCGGAGCGCAUUCGACACCUGCCGCCCCGCAGUCCACUCCCGCUGACACGCCUCCCACUCGCCCGCUGCCGGAAAUUACCGCCGGCAGUCGCACGCUGGACCACCGCCUCAACCCCAACGCCCCUGUUUUUGUGCCCGACUUCAAGGCCAGCCAGGUGGCCAAAAGACUCUUCGAUGACUUUUCACCGUAUACCCGCUGGAGCACGGCCUCGUCGGAGAACUUAUCCUAUGGACCCCGCUACGAUUCCAUCUGGCGUGAGGUUAGCCCGCAGCAGCAGCGGCGUGUGCCCAAUCCUCGCUUCGAUUACAGCCUGGAUCCUGGCGAGAAUGAGGUUGGGGAACUGGAGUUCGACCAACAUCAGGCCAUGAACAUAGGAGCCGAGGCCUAUGAUCCCAUUGCUGGCAGCACAACAACCAGCCAGGCAAUGGAAGGGCCCGAAAUUGUGGGGGAUGUAGAUGUAGAUGCACAUUCGCAACUGGAGGAAACCGUGGAUGAUGGAAAGUGCAAUGGUCUUCACCAUCGCCGCUCCUCCAGAUCGACCAAAAGAUGCUGUCUGCUCAUGUAGGCCGCAAGGACUGGCGAAUUUCAUUCGUUUUCAAUAUGUAUUUAGACUUAUUA